CAAGUAGACACUCCCAACCCUAAGACGUUCACACAGAUGCUGCCCUUUGCUAUGGGACUAUGGGUUUAUUAACAUGAGAACUUCAAGUACUCUAAGGUAAGGGGUUCUCUGGUCAAAUAUCCAAGGAUCUUGGUGGAGUGACAGUUUUUAGUGAACUCUAGCGUUUUCAUUUAUCACGUUGGUUUUAGCUAUUGGUAGUCAUGGAUCUCACAUUGUGGCAGUACCAGUUUCGAAUCAUCAUGCUAGGAGACUCCACGGUGGGCAAGUCAUCCAUGUUGAAGCGAUACACAGAGGACCUGUUUCUGGAGUGCAUCAACCAGACUGUCGGAGUAGACUUCUAUGUACACUUCCUAGAGGUCGAACCUGGAGUGAGGAUCAAACUGCAGUUCUGGGAUACAGCUGGUCAGGAGAGGUUUAGGUCUGUGACUCGCUCCUACUACCGGAACUCAGUCGGAGGUCUUCUGGUAUUCGAUCUGGCCAACCGCAAAUCUUUCGAAAAUGUGAAGCAGUGGCACGCGGAGGUUUCAGAACGUGUGCAUCCCUACACAGUGCUCUUCGUGUUGGUGGGACACAAGAGUGACCAGGACCAGGCCGGAGAGCGAGCUGUGAAUCGAACCGAGGCAGAAAAGCUCGCAAGCCAAUUGGGAGCGCCGUACAUCGAGGCCUCGGCCAAAACGGGUCACAACGUGAAAGAGGCCUUUGAUCUUUUGACCCGAAGGGUUUACCAGGGCUUGAAAAGCGGAGAGAUCAAGUUGCGCGACGGGUGGGAUGGAGUCAAGAGCUCAGCUCCUACAGCCCAAAUGUCCCAGAAGAUACAAAACAAUGAAGCAGCUGAGAAAAACAAGAGCUGUGCUUGUUAACUUAAAAUAUAUCGCAACCUGAAUACAGUUCUUCAAAUCAGUCUGACAUUGCUAAAUACACCUACAACUAAUCUCUAGCACUUUAAGAUGUAAGAUUGUAAAUAUUAAAUUUGAUCAGACAGAUCUUUCCUCAUGGCAUGGAUAAUAUAUGCUUUUUUGCAAGAUUUCAGCAUUUGUAAACAACACUUAACGUCAUUUACAUACAUGUGCACAUUUGAUUUCCAAUUGUUUGUUAAAAUUUCUAGGCUUCACUUUGGAUAAACGUUUUUUCGUGUAAUUCCAUCAGUUGAAAAAAAAAAUCGUUUUUAUUUCCACACUACUUUAGCACAUGACCACAUCAUUCCAUAAACAUGGAUUUGUUUUAGUUGUUACAGAAAGGGCUGCCAGAUAAUCAUAGAAUUCAGGAUUACAUGACAUUCCGAAGGUUUUUAAGAGCUAAUCCUGUAGAUUUGUAAAUGAUUCACUAAUAUUUGACUUUCAUAGAUAAAGAGAUUUUAGAUAUACAGUUGACACAGUCUAGACUCUAGACACAUUCCUUGGUUAUUACUUCUGAUAUGAUGUCAGUCCAACACAAUGCGAGUGAGUUCAGUGUGAAUAAAUCACAAUUAUGUUUUUUAUUCAUGAAAAACAGGAGACUGCAAAACACUGAUACACGGCCAAAAAAAAAAAAAAACAAUUCAGUUUAUACUGUUUAACUUUUUUUUUUUUUUUUUUUUUAAAUCUGCCCACAGCAAGUGGGGUUUAUGCACCAUUUCCCACGUCACAUAUAUAACCCCCUCUAACAAUUAACAUCUGCAUUAUGUCACUAGUUCCAAUGCAAUUAAUAACAUGGGGAAGUGGUAUUUAUUUCUCUGGUAAAAAUGACGGUUUACCUUUAGAAAGUCACACACUGAGGAUUUCUCUAUAGUACUUAAUAUUACUUAAGUGACGAGUUCUAUAACAUCGAACAUUAUAAACAAAUCAGACAUUGUGAUUGUAAUUGUGCAUAGCUACUAAUGCCAGCUGAGCAGAAGUUGUGCGACUGCAUGUUGGGUCAACUAAACGUGUAAUAUGAAUAAAAAUGUAGUUUGUGAGUGAGUUUUUUUUUUUUUUUUACAGAGAUCUGUGAGAUUCUAUCAUAUAAUAAAACCCCAGUAUAGCACCAAGGUGCUCAAACAAAAUGCUCACAUGGUGAUUUAACACAAAGUGAACUGUACAGAUAAAUGACAUCAAUUCCUGCACACCUUUUGAAUGGGAAAUGUCAAAAGAGGUGUACUGCAAAUAGUACAACGCACUCUUCCGCUUUGAUUAACAUAACAUGUAUAGGUUCAAACCCUAUCCACUUCCAAAA